AUGUAAGAUGACUAAAGCUGAGGCGCAGCAGAAGAGAAUGUGUGACGAACAGCCUCCUUCCUCAAAGACAAUGCGCUACGACCGUCAGCUGCGACUGUGGGGGGACGAGGGCCAGGACGCGCUCGAGAACGCGUCUGUGUGCCUGCUAAACGCUACUACGCUCGGUUGUGAAACACUAAAAAGUCUGGUUCUCCCGGGGGUGGGUGAGGUGCAUAUUGUUGAUAGCAAAACUGUUACUGUUACCGAUGUUCAGACUAACUUCUUCCUGACUCCGAGUGAUGUGGGUAAAGCUCGCUCUGAGUGCGUAGUUAAAACAAUCAGUCAGCUCAACCCUGAAACUAAACACACUGCUUACACUUCCACCAUCCCCCAUUUUAUUCAGAAUCACAUGGAUAGCUUAAAGCGUUUCUCUGUUUUCAUCGUCUCAAAUUUGAGGGUAGCAGAGUACUCCGAACUAGCUCAAAUAGCCUGGGACUCAAACAUUCCCCUCGUUAUAGCUAAUAUCGUAGGUAUGUACACUGAGAUAAGAAUAGUGGUGAGAGAACACUGUAUUAUUGAAAGUAAGCCGGACACGCCACUCCCGGACCUACGUCUGGAUAAACCCUUCACUGAACUGAUAGACUUUUACCAGAACAUCGACUUCUCCCUGUUCACUGACACUGAACAUGCUCAUAUACCCUUCGUCGUAAUCUUGUUAAAGUGUUUGGAGCAGUGGAGAGCCUGUCAUGGUGGGGAAAUCCCCAAAAAUUACAAAGAGAAGAAGGAAUUUAAAGAGCUGAUCAGCAGUCUGAAGAGGAAGAGUGAUGAGGAGAACUUCUUGGAGGCGUGUCAGAAGGUGAACAAGUGCGUGAUGAGCGCCUCACUUCCCUCCCACAUUGCGGAGCUGUUUGAGGACCCCGCCUGUGUCGUGACCCCCUGCUCCUCCCCCUUCUGGAUUACAGCAGCUGCUGUUAAACAGUUCUACAACGUACGGGGGGUGCUGCCCGUCUCGGGGGUACUGGACGAUAUGACGGCUGACUCCCAGAGUUUUGUGGCCCUGCAGACAUUGUACCGAGAUAAGGCUGCCAGUGAUGCGGGGGUAGUGGCUGGGUAUGUGCAGGGCUUCUUGGACAAGUUGGAUGUUCCUACUCAGUUUGUCAGCCGGGACUUGAUUAACAAAUUCUCCAAAAACUCUGGUUUUAUCAGAGUUGUUCGAACAAGUCCAGUUGCGAGCAGCAAGGAAAUGAUGAGCAAAUCUUUGGAGACAACCGACCAGGAGGACCUUGCUCAUGUGGUUCUGCUAUUCCGAGCUUGCUUCGAGUUCCUCAAAAUAGAAGGACGGUGGCCUGGGGAGGAGGAGGAUAAACUCACUGUGGAUGAGAUAAAACUAAUGCAGAUGUGGAGGGGUAUUCAGGAAGAUUUAGGGCUGCCUGCUGAUAAACCCGCUCCCGCAAUCUUUGUCAAGGAUUUUGUAAGGUUUGGAGGGACGGAGGUUCCCUCUGUAGCUGCCUUUUCUGGCGGUAUCGCUGCUCAAGAGUGUAUUAAGCUGAUCACCUGUCAGUAUGUGCCUGUUGAUAACUGCUUUGUCUACAACGGUGGAUCUCAGCUCACUUCCGUUUUUAAAUUUUAGAGGGUUUCGAGCUGGGUAAUACAGGGAUAAGUUCCGCACUUAGAGUGUUUUAUAAUCUUAUAAUCUUAUUUGGGAGUAACUUUUAUAGUGUUUAAUAGUCGGGAAGCUGUUUGGCAA